AUGGUACCGGACGGGUUCCCCGCCGGAUUGCGAGUUUUCGUGGUCGACGAGGACUCCGUCGCUCUUAGAAUGCUUGAGAAAAUGCUUCUCCAGUGUGGCUAUAAAGGUGUGUUUUUCUUAAUCAGUUCUGGAGAUUAUUCAAAGUACAGAAAAGGCUUGAAAAGAAAUACAAUUGAGCUUAACCAACAAAUUUUUUAUAAUGCUAAAGCAAGAAGAGAAAGUGAAAAUCAAUUUGAAUCUCAACAAUUCGCUUUAAACAAUGAUCUUAAUGAUAACAAUAAUUUUGAUGAGCUUGCAACAUUAUUAGCACUUGAACAAAAACAACCACAAAAUAGCUCCGACUCGGGUGCACAAAUAAAUAUGGAUUCAGUUGAUGUUCAAAGUUAUAGUUUGGAAGAUCUUUGGGGAAGCAAUGCUUCGAAUUUGGCAAUCCUAUCUGAGUUUGAGAAUAUGGAUGACACAGAUGAGCUUUAUGUAGCACUUAGCUCGUUUCAAUACUAAGAUUGCUGCAAGGGCUCCUGAAGGUACUUCUAUUUGUUGAGG